AUGGCGGAUCAAGACACCAUGACAGAAGUGCCCGCUGCCCUGAAGAGACUUGCCAAGUACAUGGUUCGAGGGUUCUAUGGCCUUGAGUACUCCCUGACCCUGGAUGUGCUCAUCAGGUACCCCUGUGUCAAAGAGGAGGACAUUGCUCUGCUCCUCAAGUUUGAAAAGAAGCAGCUUCGAACCAUCCUGCAAACACUGAAGGGGGAUAAGAUCGUCAAGUGUCGUAUGCGUGUCCAGACUGGGCCAAAUGGGAAGAGCACCAAACAUAACUAUUACUAUAUCAACUACAAGGUGCUUGUAGAUGUGAUUAAAUAUAAACUUGAUCAUGUUCGCCGCAAGAUCGAGUCUGAUGAGAGGGAGUCCACCAACAGAGCUUCUUUUAAGUGCCCUGGAUGCCACAGCACCUACUCUGACCUGGAAGUGAACCAAUUAUUUGACCCAUUUACAGAGCUUUUUCGCUGCACCUAUUGCUAUCAAGAAGUUGAGGAGGAUUUUUCUUCACUACCUAAAAGAGAUGCCAGAACACUACUUGCUAAAUUUAAUGAGCAGAUAGAACCAAUUUUUCUGCUCCUUCGGGAAACGGAAGAUAUUGUCCUUCCAAGUGAGCUGCUGGAGCCUCAGCCGACUGAUAUUCCAGAGCUUGCUGACAGCUAUGAACAGUCUGCUGCCAUUGGCUCUAUGGAUCUACAUGGAUGCCAAGGAAGAUGGGCCGACAAAAGCUCAUCUAUGGGUAACAUGUAUGUCCAGAACAUCACUAUUAAUGUCCAUGAAGGAGAACUGAAAAAGGUAAAAGAAAAGAAGGGGAAGGAGCAGCCGGUCUGGAUGACAAAGAGUACAGUGCAUGAAGUCCCACCAGAAUUGAAUGCCAGCUUUGAAACUAAUGAGCCAGACAUUGAUGAAAAUGCCAACAAGAAAGACAGUGGCGGUGACAAUGAAGUGUUCAGAACUCUUCUAAUCCAUGAAAUGAAAUCUGGAUCUGGCCCCACGCCAACCCAGACUUCUAAAAGUGAUUCAGACAGCGACACUAGUGAAUCUGAUGAUGAGAAAAAGCGCACAAAGCCUGCUCCAAUAAACCCCAGUAGCAGCGCAGAGCAGGAGGAGGAAGGAGAAGCUGUAGAUCCAGUGGUCAUGGUCGGUGGUCAGCCCCAUGUGUACAGUGAGGUCAGUCAGAACCCCACACUGGUGUCCUUCAUGACGGAUGAGGAGAGAGAAGCUUAUAUCAAAAUAGGACAACAAAUGUUCCAGUCGGCAUUUGAAUGA